UACUGAAUUUGAUUUUUACUGAUCCCACAUUUCCUACCCACGAAUAUAUAGCAUUAUCAAAUCAGUCGGUACUUUAUGAGCAGAAACAUUUAAAUCUUUCCGGGAAGACUUAAGAAGAAGAAGAUAAAAGUUAAUCAAGGGGUUUUUUCACUACAAGGAUGGCUCCAGAUAAUUCGAAUGAAAGUGUCAUAUCAGUUAUCCACAACUGUCAAUCAAAACAUGCUAAAAAUCUUUGCAUAUAUGAUUUCAUGUACAAAGUGAUACACAAUAACCAUUACGACCUUGGUGGAAGCUAUACCGGCCCUGAGUCAGACCUCUGGUUCUACAUUACAUCUUCAACAUUUUGUGAGAAGAACCAUCUUGUCAAUUUGUUUGUCUGCCACAGAAAGAUAGGGGACGUAGCUAUAACUAUUACCAUAAAAGGUGACACCAGUAUGCAUAUUUUUAAAUCAACUAAACCAAAUGAAAAUUACCAUAUAAAAACAUUUUAUGUUAGCAAUGAAUUGAUUAUGAAACCUAAAGAAGCGUUAAACAUACCUAUCACAAUUGAAGUGGACCCUGCUAAACUUGUAAAUCCGGAGUUAAUGAGAAAAAUGAAGGCUCAAAAUUCUGUUGGUGAAAGUUUGUUGAAACAGAAAAAUACGGAUUUCGUACUUACAUCCAUAAGCCAUAAACCGUAUCCGGUGCAUAAAUUGGUGCUGUGCGCUCACAGUUCUGUGCUUCGAGAGCUAGUCAAAAACUCUGCUAAAUCUUCGGCAUUCCUUGAUUUAUCUGAUGAAGACAUGACCUUGCUAAUACAUUUUCUAUACACUGGUACUGUAAAAGAACUCCAACAUGUUGACUGUAUGAGGUUACAAGUAAUAGCUUGCAAAUUUGAGUUGUCGACAUUGUUCCUAUUGGCCCAACACUUGAUAUGUGAUCAAAUAAACAUUGAUAACGCAGUUGAUGUUGCAAUCUUAGCUAAGAAGUACAAUUUAGAUGAACUUUGGAUGAAAGUGUGCAGUUUUAUCCGGAAAAAUCCAUCAGUGCUUGCCACAGAGAGUUGGAAAGGUCUCAACGAUGUGGAUUUAACUAAACAGAUCUGUGCUUCUUUAAUUGAAUAACACUUUAAUUACCCUUGUUUAAAAUUGUGUUAGUUACUCAUUACCAAAGACAUUACAAAGUCUUUGUUGUUAUUUGUAACAUAUAAUUUACAUAUUUAAGCAAGUAAUACUCAAAUACAUACAACAUACUACAAACAAACAUAAAAAAAAGUACUAUGAGGAGAUAAUUAGAGGGCUGAUGGGGUUUCUUUAAUGUAUUAUAUGAAAAUCAAGAUUUUGUUACUAAUAAACACUGUAUGCAUUUCUCGUUACAAUUAUU